UGCGCAUUCCACAACCUUGUUGUACACUAGUCUCACGAGCACGACGUCUCAUAAAACUAAUAAGAUAUUAUAUUCAUUUGAUUCACACCCUUUUGAUUUUCUGAUAAUAUUUUCUUUGUUUUAACGACCAACAUACAACACCAUGGCGUCAAUUACUGUUAUGCUGAUGAUCAUACCAAUCGUCGCAAUUACCAUUCUUACAGCACAAAUAACAAACGAAAUAGAUUUGUCAACGUUAACAAGUAUUACAGCCCCCCGAGAAUUAUUGUUUCGAUGUCCGUCACUGAUUGCCGCAGAAUAUGAAGUAACAGUAUUAAAUUCGGUUUCGGCGUUAAUUGCUGGUUGUGCAUACAUAACAUAUUCAUCGAGCAUAUUGAUACAGCAAUCAUAUCUGAUGUGGUUUGGCAGUAAAGAAGAAAGGGGGCAAGAUUGCUACAAUCCGAAUUUGGAGUAUUAUCGUUUUAACUGUUUAACAAAAGAUCUCGUCUUGUAUAAAGACACAAUCGAAGGACUGAUGUACUUAAGACUGUACCAAGACGAUUAUAACAAAACUGGUACACCGGAUUACAAAUGUGCAUUGUACGAGACAAUCAAUGGAAACCGCACUUCUUUCCGGUUUGCGAUUAGCCCGAACACUACGUGCAAUGGAUUAAUUGACGUUCUUUACCCACCGAGAUAUGUUGUUUUCAGAUUCCAACCCUGGGGCCUUGUUGUUAUCCUUCAAUAGAAAAAAUGUCGAUUUCGCACAUGACGAAAGGUAUCGACGACAUGCCUUACCUUAAAAGAUUGAUGGGAAUGGUGGAAAUGAUUCAGUAACAAAUACAACUACAACUAACAUUAACAAAAAUUAAACUGUGUAUUGUAAAAAAAAAAAAAUUAAGAAUGUUUUUGUAUUUUAACAAUAUCUUAUACUCAUUUCAACGAAUAUUGAUAAUUAAUAUUGUCUUAAACAUAUUAUUAAUAAAAAAAUUGUUAUUCAUUGAUAUUGUAAGUAGAAUAUUUUUCUCAUUUUUCUAUUUUGCUUUAGUUCAUUCAUUUAUUAACUAUAUAUAUAUUUUUUUUGUCAAUACAAAUUAUUAGCUUUUUUGAAAUGUAUAACUUAUUUACAGGCAUACAGCUCAUAAAUAUACCAAAAUAUUUUAUCUAAUGCAACUUUUAAUAUACCCACCUACAUCAUAAUUAAUUACAUACUAACAAUUUUGUGAAAUUAUAGUUCCAUAAUACUUUUAUGGACCUAGUAUUAAUUCUGCCUAUUAAUAAUAUUUUAAUUUUAAUUUUUUUUUUUCAUUUUCAAACCUUACUAAUGUUUUUAUUAUAAUACAUUUUUUUUUCAACUUAUUAUUCAGUUUAAUAUAAGACUAUUUUGAAUUAAUUGUAAAAUCGAUUUAAUUAAUAUACAAUAAAAUUAUUGUGAUU